GAGUGAGUGAGUGUUGAGUGCGGGGUGGGGUGGUGGCCGUUACGUUCGGGGCAACGGCUACGGCAGUGAGAAGUAAGAAGAGAAACAACGUCCGGCGCUUCCGCCUUCGCUUAGGAGGAGGAGGAGCUGGUAGGGAAAGGAAACUGAUUCGCCCUGGGCCUGGACUAGAUCGAGUCGGGCCGGUGGGGUCUAGGUUAUGAGCCUUUGAGGGUCGCUUGGGACGCGGAGCGAGACACGAGAGCCAAGAGCUAUGUCUCAGCCGCCGCCGCCGCCUCCGCUGCCGCCGCCACCUCCUCCCCCUGAGGCUCCGCAGACUCCGUCGUCUUUGGCGGCGGCGGCAGCAGCUGCUCCGGGGGGGCUCUCGAAGCGGAGAGACCGGAGAAUCCUUUCCGGGAGCUGCCCGGAUCCGAAGUGCCAGGCGCGUCUGUUCUUCCCGGCCUCCGGUACUGUCAGCAUCGAGUGUACCGAGUGCGGACAGCGGCACGAGCAGCAACAGCUGCUGGGGGUGGAGGAGGUGACCGAUCCGGACGUAGUGCUGCACAACCUGCUGCGGAACGCUCUGCUCGGGGUGACGGGAGCACCCAAGAAGAACACGGAACUGGUAAAGGUGAUGGGCCUUUCCAACUACCACUGUAAAUUGUUGUCGCCCAUAUUAGCUCGCUAUGGAAUGGACAAACAGACAGGCCGGGCCAAGCUUCUCCGGGAUAUGAACCAGGGUGAACUGUUCGAUUGCGCUUUACUGGGUGACCGCGCUUUCCUUAUAGAACCAGAGCACGUUAACACAGUGGGCUAUGGCAAGGACCGCUCGGGAAGCCUUCUAUAUUUGCAUGACACUCUUGAGGAUAUCAAACGAGCCAAUAAAAGUCAGGAAUGCCUCAUUCCAGUGCAUGUGGACGGGGAUGGACACUGCCUGGUGCAUGCUGUGUCUCGAGCUCUAGUAGGCCGGGAGCUCUUCUGGCAUGCCCUGAGAGAGAAUCUAAAACAGCACUUUCAGCAACACCUGGCCCGAUAUCAAGCCCUAUUUCAUGACUUUAUCGAUGCCGCUGAGUGGGAGGACAUUAUCAAUGAGUGUGAUCCUCUGUUUGUGCCACCUGAGGGUGUUCCCUUAGGUUUGAGGAACAUCCACAUAUUUGGCCUUGCUAAUGUGUUGCAUCGUCCCAUAAUUCUGUUAGAUUCCCUUAGUGGCAUGAGAAGCUCUGGUGAUUAUUCAGCCACCUUUUUGCCUGGGCUCAUACCUGCAGAGAAGUGCACUGGAAGAGAUGGUCAUUUGAACAAACCAAUCUGUAUUGCAUGGAGUAGCUCUGGUAGAAACCAUUAUAUUCCUUUGGUAGGCAUAAAAGGGGCUGCUCUGCCCAAACUGCCUAUGAAUUUGCUUCCUAAAGCAUGGGGUGUGCCUCAGGACCUUAUUAAAAAGUACAUCAAACUCGAGGAAGAUGGUGGUUGUGUUAUUGGAGGUGACAGAAGUUUGCAAGAUAAAUACUUACUUAGGCUUGUUGCUGCUAUGGAAGAAGUCUUUAUGGAUAAACAUGGUAUCCAUCCUAGUUUAGUUGCUGAUGUCCAUCAGUAUUUCUAUAGAAGGACAGGAGUGAUAGGAGUUCAGCCUGAAGAGGUUACAGCAGCUGCUAAAAAGGCAGUAAUGGAUAAUCGCCUUCACAAAUGUUUGCUCUGUGGUGCCCUUUCUGAACUUCAUGUUCCUCCAGAGUGGUUGGCUCCAGGAGGGAAACUGUAUAACUUGGCAAAAAGUACUCAUGGACAGCUGAGGCCUGACAAAAAUUAUAGCUUUCCCUUGAACAAUUUGGUUUGCUCAUAUGAUUCAGUGAAAGAUGUUCUGGUACCAGACUAUGGGUUGAGUAACCUAACGGCUUGUAAUUGGUGCCAUGGCACAUCUGUGCGAAGAGUCAGAGGAGAUGGAUCUAUUGUGUAUUUGGAUGGAGACAGAACUAAUUCUAGGUCCACUGGUGGCAAAUGUGGUUGUGGAUUCAAACACUUUUGGGAUGGUAAAGAGUACGACAAUCUGCCAGAAGCUUUCCCUAUCACUUUGGAAUGGGGAGGAAGAGUGGUCAGAGAAACAGUGUACUGGUUUCAGUAUGAAAGUGAUCCAUCUCUGAAUAGUAAUGUUUAUGACGUUGCAAUGAAACUUGUUACCAAGCAUUUUCCAGGUGAAUUUGGGAGUGAAAUCCUCGUUCAGAAAGUUGUCCACACCAUAUUGCAUCAGACUGCCAAAAAGAAUCCUGAUGAUUAUACUCCUGUAAAUAUAGAUGGUGCUCAUGCCCAAAGAGUCGGAGAUGUGCAAGGACAAGAAUCAGAAUCUCAGCUUCCAACUAAAAUUAUUCUUACUGGACAGAAAACAAAAACUUUGCACAAGGAAGAAUUAAAUAUGAGUAAAACUGAAAGAACUAUUCAACAGAAUAUUACGGAACAGGCUUCUGCAAUGCAGAAACGGAAAACAGAGAAGUUAAAACAAGAACAAAAGGGGCAGCCCAGAACUGUUUCUCCCAGUGCCAUUCGUGAUGGGCCAUCCUCUGCACCUGCCACCCCUACCAAGGCUCCCUAUUCACCUACAACUUCCAAGGAGAAGAAGAUUCGAAUAACAACUAACGACGGAAGACAGUCCAUGGUUACACUUAAGUCUUCAACAACCUUUUAUGAACUUCAGGAAAGUAUAGCCAGAGAAUUCAACAUUCCUCCAUAUUUACAGUGUAUUCGCUAUGGCUUUCCUCCUAAAGAGUUAAUGCCACCACAGGCAGGAAUGGAAAAGGAGCCAGUUCCUUUACAGCACGGUGACAGAAUCACAAUAGAGAUUCUAAAAAGCAAAGCAGAAGGUGGUCAGUCUGCUGCAGCACACUCUGCCCACACUGUGAAACAAGAAGAGAUUGCUGUUACUGGUAAACUGUCAUCUAAGGAACUUCAAGAGCAAGCUGACAAGGAGAUGUACUCCUUAUGUCUUUUAGCAACAUUAAUGGGUGAAGAUGUAUGGUCUUAUGCAAAGGGACUUCCUCACAUGUUUCAGCAGGGUGGCGUAUUCUACAAUAUUAUGAAGAAAACCAUGGGUAUGGCUGAUGGCAAGCAUUGUACUUUUCCACAUCUACCUGGCAAAACUUUUGUCUAUAAUGCUUCUGAAGAUAGACUGGAGUUGUGUGUGGAUGCUGCAGGACAUUUCCCCAUCGGUCCUGAUGUUGAAGAUUUAGUUAAAGAGGCUGUAAGUCAGGUUCGAGCAGAGGCAACUACAAGAAGUAGAGAAUCAAGUCCCUCACAUGGGCUUUUAAAACUAGGUAGUGGUGGAGUAGUGAAAAAGAAAUCUGAGCAACUUCAUAAUGUAACUGCCUUUCAGGGAAAGGGGCAUUCUCUAGGAACUGCAUCCACUAAUCCACAUCUUGACCCAAGAGCUAGGGAAACUUCAGUUGUAAGAAAGCAUAAUAUAGGGACAGACUUUAGUAAUAGUUCCACUAAAACAGAGCCUCCUGUGUUCACAGCUGCUCCUAGUAACAGUGAGCUUAUUCGAAUAGCUCCAGGAGUAGUAACAAUGAGAGACAGCAGGCAGCUUGAUCCUGAUUUGGUUGAGGCCCAGCGAAAAAAAUUGCAGGAAAUGGUUUCUUCUAUUCAGGCUUCAAUGGACAAACACUUGCGGGAUCAAAGUACAGAGCAGUCACCAUCUGAUCUUCCUCAAAGAAAAGUAGAAGUUGUGAGUUCUGCAAGGUCUGGGAGUCUUCAAACUAGCUUGCCUGAAUCUUUUUCUUUAACUGGUCGCACUGAAAAUUUGAAUACAGAAACAACUGAUAGCUGUGUGGCAGAUGCACUGGGAGCAGCAUUUGUCACAAGGUCAAAAGCACAAAAGGGAAGUUCCGUGGAGGAGCCUGAAGAGAUGGAUAGUCAAGAUGCUGAGAUGACUAACACAACUGAGCCAAUGGAUCACUCUUGAUUUAAUUAGAGGCUAAUAAAGGCAGAAUGUUUAUUGUGAAUAUGUAAUAUUUGUUGGCUGGGCCACAUAACUUGAUUAGUCAUUAAAAAUCUUGUACGUAUAUAAUUCAAAGAUUAUAUCUUGUUAUUCAGUGCAUGAUAGCAAAUGUGUGAUUGGCAAUAGCUUUUAAUAUACUGCUGCCCAGGCUGGCUCUGAAUUCCUGUAAACUAGUUAUUAGAUCUGCUGAGUUUCUUCCGUAUAUGUGGUUCAUUGGAAGUUUUUUGUAAUUUUAAUUCCAUGAAAGUCUUAUUAAUGUUUCAAACAUGAAAGUAUCUUGCUAAAUAUGUUUGAUUUCUAAAAAGACCAAAACUGAGGAGGAAAUCAGAUUUUGCCAAUGUUGAUGCCAUCAAGAGAAGCAUCCUAAUAUUAAAGUGUCAAAAGAUUUGUGUAAAUUUGAAGGUUAUCUGAACUAAAUUGUAUCUUAAAAUUCAUAAAAUGAUUUAUUAGACAGUGGUAUUCUGACAUUUUCAUGAACGUCAACACAUUCAUAGAGAUAACUAUUCUUAGAAAAAUAUCUUGAGAAUGGAGUGUAACACAACAUUUUGCUGAUUUGAACAAAGUUGGAGGAAAAUAUCUGUCAUAGAAUGAUAAAGUCAAUGUGAUUCAGUUAGUUGCUGUCUGAGCCAGCACAGCCAACUGUGUGCUCUGUUGAUAAUAUGUUACCAUUAUUUUUUGAAUCCUGGCUGGUCAAAUGUCACCUAAUUAUUUUUUUUUUAACUCUUGCAGAAAAGUUGAUUGCAAAUUGUGUUAGAAAAUUUAAAAAUAAUGGUAGCAGUAGUUAAUUUCUAAUUUUCAGAGUAUGUCAGACUCACAGAGAAUUUAUAAAUAAGAAUUUAUCUUUAUGAAUGAGUUACAUUGUUCUACAAUUUUGAUCAAUGGUAUGUAAGCCUGUAUAUACUAAGUAUCCCCUUUGAACCAAAAAUGUUUCCUUUUUUUUCUUAGAGUCCAUAAGAUUUUCUUUAUUUGUUGGCUUCAGUUUGGUUUGGAUGCAAAUUUUACCUCAACAUACCCUGAUGAUCAACUGAGCAUUUGCUUAAAUAGUGUGUUCAUUAAAUCUUUAGUGCCAGUUUCCUAAAGAAGCAGCUUUCAUGCUUAUUCCUUAAAACAAAGAGUGUUAUCCUGAGAUUGGUAUUGCACUAUAUUAUCCUGUUCUGCAAAUCUGUAUUCUGAAAUGUACAUUUCAAUUCAUCUUCCUCUGUUCACUGAAAUUAAGUUGAAUUUGAAUGGAUGAAAGACAAAAUGUAUGUUAAUACAAUCUCUUAGAGCAUCAAAGCCUGGCUGUCUCUGUUUGAACAUGUAACAGAUGCAGAACUAUUUGUAAUUCUAAGAAAAUGUACAUCAGAAAGUAUAUUAUCAGAUGUAUAAAAUUUUCAGUCUGCUGAUUCAUAAGGGAUAUAGACAGUACAUUCUUGUUUUUCCAGAUAAGAGAGGUUUUAGUCUUCUUUCUAUGAAAGUAUCUCUAACUGAAUCCACAUAUUAAAGUUACUAUCCAUUUUGAAUUAGGAAAGAAAGGAGAGUCUAGACAUGUAAAUUUACAAGUGUAUCUGAGCAAGAUAUAUAUAUUUGGGUUAGUUUUUAAUCACAACAUCACUGUUUUUCUUUGUAAUAUUUUAUCUCCAUUCUUUCAUUUCUAAAUUUACUUUCU